AAAUAUAACGCCAAAACCAAACCAUAAGUUACACUUGGAGAAACUUUUGAGCCGCAACGAUUAGUGUGGCCAGCAAAGCGCAUCCGGCAGAUGCACUCAAGUGACAAAAUUAGUGGAGGAAACGCUGACAAAAUUAUAGCUAUUGCUGGAGCUGUCGUAAGUCGAAUUACAAGCUUGGGUUGUCACUCAGACGAGGGCGUUGGCAAAGACCAAGGAGCCUCUGGAUCGGCGACAGUUUUCCCUCAAACCUAGUGAUGACAAGUCGCUGGCUGCUAUUAAGUUUGCUACUCUAUUUGGGUGGCCAGGAGGUCUCCUCGGGUGUGAUGGACAACUUUGGUGAUGGUUUGAAGAUGGCCGGCCAAAUGUUUGGCAUCAAUACGGCCGCAGAUGUGGCAAAUCUGGUGGCCAAGGCAUUCUCCGGCAAAUCUAUGACGAAUGUGCCUAACUUGAUAAGCUACGUCCAGGGUGGAUUCCAAGGAGCACAACCAAACAACGGCGAGGAGCAACAGGAGGAAGAUCAAUCGGAGCAGCAGUCGGAAACGGAAAAUGCCCAGGAAGAGCCUCCAGUGGAGAACAGCACACGAAAACCUCCACCGAUAACCUUCGACUCCGGGCAAAUUUUUGCCAAUAUGAUGAGGAUGGUGGGUUUCGAUACACGGAAAAUCGGAGCCCUAGCUUUAAAUGCGCUAAUUAUGGUUGCUCAGGCGAUUGGCAGCUCCCUGUUGCAGGUAACUCGAGGAGGAGGAACAUCUUCGAUUGAUGCCACGGAAUCCCUGUAUGAAUCCAGCGACCAUCGACCACGUUCCCUUUCCAUCGGAUCGCCCAUCGAUUGGUUUAUGCAACGUACAGAUCGGUACAGCAAACGACUCAUCAAGGAUAUCAUGGAUCGGGAUCUGCCCGAGUACAUACUACAAAUUAUCGAGGCCAAGGAGAAACCGGAGGAGGGUCAAACCGUUGGUUGCUUAAAGCUUCUAAUGUGCAAAGGUCAACCCAUCAUUUGGGGAAUGCAGGAUUCGCUUAAAAAACGCCUGGCUGGAGAACCUGAAGAGCCCGAGGAUAACGAUAGCUUCUUUAACAAGAAAGUCUUAUUUAAACACUUGCCGAGUCUUGAGGAAUUUAGGAACCACAGUGCUAGCUGUGAAGUCAAGUACCAUGAGGAGUGCCCCAAGAAUGCAACUACUGGCAGCUAUCUUUAAAAGCACUACAAAAAAUAAUUAAGACAUUAUACAUUCGUAAAUGCACGGAAAAGUUUUCCAAAUUUAUAGUUCUUAUCAUAUGCUAACAACGGUCUCAUAAUAAAGGGGUCUCAGUCCUGGAGGCAAAGUACAGAAGUUUAUUUUUACAGACACAGUUAUAGCUAAUUGAUGGUCAUAAAUAAUGUAUAUAUUAUAGGUUAUUUUUGAAAGGUAUAGCACAGUAAACAAUGUUUCACGAGUAAUCAUCUAGUGAACCCAACAAACCCUGACCAAUUACCCGUUUAAUGAUGAGUUCGACAUUCCGAUUUCGUCAAGGAUGAUUACAGAGAUAAGCCCUAGGCAUUCGGGAUUUUGAGCCCAGUCUAAUGUCCCAUGAAACGACCUCUAAAAAUGCAACUGCCCCGCAAUGUUGUGUAAUAAUUAACAAAAUCGCUAGUUUGUCAACCGCCUCUACAAUCGCUGCCGGCUGAUAACUAAUCUAGGGAAAUUAUAAAACCUCACCGUGGUUUUACGAUUUCGGGAUCUAAUCGCCUAAUCUUCGCGUUCCUAGAGUCAUGUACCCAUAAUUUCCACGUCCCAUCAAUAUCGCAAAAGCGUGGCCUCUUAAUCAAAAUUAGAUUUCACCAUUUCCAUAAUUUUGAGCACCUCAACCCAUUAUUGCAAUCUACGUUAUCAGCAUGACGAAAUAUAGUUCAAGCAACUUGGGCGAUUUCUUAUCAACCUCUGUUCUUGGACCUUUCAUAACAAGCCUAUGUAUGACUUAUCGAUAUCAUAGCAUGAUAAUAAUGAUUUAGGGAAUGGGAAAUCAUAAAAAGUACAAUUGUUGGGCAAAUAUUUGCAAUUUAUCUAUAGUUUUGGCAUUGACAUUCCGGCAAGGUUGCCAUUAGCUCUUGCAGAUGGCCAAACCCAAUAUAUGUACGUGGGGUAAACAAAGAAAAAACCAAAAGAAAAACAUUUGGAAGAGCAAAGACAAACUCCAAAGAACAGGUGACGAUUGGCGCCACCUAGCGUUCGGAUCGGUUUGAAGCCUUGUCAAUCAAAGCAGACAAAUGCAACUGACUUAUGCAAACUAAUUGCUGUAAUCGCUUUUAUUUUGCUGUUUACUUUUCGAAAUCAUUACGCAAAAGACGGAAUAAUGAGCAAAGGGGGAAGAGUGAAAAAAAAACAAGUGCCACGCCCACGGCGCCUACGACAAUGCCAGACGAUUGCAUGUGGGUUAUUUAUAAAGCAACCGCACUUUCCGCCAAUGAGCCAUUCCGCCAUUCCGAGCCCCAACGAUAAGCCAAAGUCAGAGGGCAGGUGCUUGAACUUCGGCAAGGUCAACAUGCUCGAGAUAAUUUGCUAACGCUUCAUUGAGGCUUCUACUUGUGCCGCUCUUUGUUUUUUUUUUUUUUUUUUUUGUGGUAAAAGGCUUAUGCACUUCAUUAUGAACUAAUAACAUAGAGAUCUUAAAGAUCACACGCGCCAAUGUUUAAUGUCCGGUACUUUUAGAGUAUAUGGGUAGAUUGUAUUACAGAAAAAUAUCUUGGGCUGGAUGUUAUAGUUAUUCAAGUAGAAUCCAAAAAGUAUGCUAUCCUUAGAAUACAAAAAUAUAUCUUACAACAUCGAUAUCUAAGGAAUGCAAUCCUGUGCAAUGAAGUUCAAAAGUAGUUGUAAAGUGUGGUAAUUUGGUAAUUGCAUUUCCUUCGCAGAUAAGAUACGAACGCAUACAUGUCGUAUGAGAUGCUUCAGUUACACGUUUAGUUACAAAAAAAAACUUUUUUCCUUCCCUUUCCAGUUGAAAAUAACUGAUUAAAUUGCAAAACGUAUAAAAGUUUUGUGAUUACUGGAAGAAGUAAGAAAUUGUAGGUCGACAUAACUGAUAACCUUUUGAAUUUACGCGUUAAUUUUUUUUUUUACAUGAUAAGAACAUAUCUACAGAGGUUUGUUUCCCACAUAUAUUUUUGUGCUUUUUUUAUUAACUACUCGUAUAUUUCGUUAAUAAAUUGCAGUUUUAUUUCCUUAUUGAAUGGAAUUUGUAUGCAGUAAUAAGUGAUUUUUCAAGCAAAGCUCGUUUUUUAAUAGUCCACAAAACAUAGACGAUUGGCAGUUAUGAGAAACAUAGAUUUAACUGAUUGAUCUUGGGCCAAAUAUAAAAUUACAC